GAAUUAGGAGGCAUCUACUGUGCCUCUCCUUGGGUAAUACCAAUGAUUAAUUUUAGCGAGAUAAUCCAAUUAAAGGUAAAACCAGUAGAGGAAUGUCACCUGGGUGGUCUCUAUUUGGAUAUUAACUAG